UCGUCGAUUCCUCUUAAAGCCGCAACUUUUGAAUCGUGAAUUUGGUCAAGCGCAAAUAUUUUCUCAGCAACCAAACAAUCUUUUUCCUUGUUCUUGGUUACAGUGGCCACUUGUUUUAUACGUUGAUUCCACACGAUGACUGAAACCGAAACCGCCAAUCCAGUCCCGACGAACGAGAGUGCAAGAGAGGAGGCGGAGGCCGCGGCAAAGCAAAAGAACAAGCGGGAAAGCGAUUCCAGCGAUGCUAUUUCAGCUGCCAAGAAGUCGAAAACGGAAGAAGAUCAAGACCCAGAAGUUGAUAUGAGCAAAGGGGAAAUGGGUUUUGAAAUCGAGGCCGAUGCUGCGGAGGAUAAGGGGCUGAGGCACGCCAUGGAGGACGCUUGGGUUGUGCUCUUGGACGCCGCCGGCGAGGAUUUUCCCGGAAAUUUGAGAUGUGCACAUUUUGCAGUUUAUGAUGGGCAUGGAGGUCGAUUGGCUGCGGAGUAUGCUCAGAAGCAUCUGAAUACGAAUGUGCUUUCGGCCGGAUUACCACGUGAGUUGUUGGAUAUAAAAGCAGCCAAGAAAGCCAUACUUGACGGUUUUCGGAAAACUGAUGAGUCUCUUGUUCGAGAAAGUGCUGCAGGGGGGUGGCAGGAUGGUGCUACAGCUGUAUGUGUUUGGAUAUUAGGAAAAACUGUUUUUGUUGCUAACAUUGGGGAUACAAAAGCAGUGGUAGCAAGAUCAUCUCCUGUUGAGGGAUUGCAAAAUGGUUCUAAUGAAGCAUGUCCCCUGAAGGCGAUUGUUUUGACAAGGGAACACAAAGCCAUCUAUGCACAGGAGCGUGCUCGUAUUCAGAAGGCUGGUGGCAAUGUGAGUUCAAAUGGACGACUACAGGGGCGCCUUGAAGUUUCUAGGGCCUUUGGAGAUCGCCAGUUCAAAAAGGUGGGCGUUAUUGCAACCCCGGACAUUCAUUCUUUUGACCUUACAGAAAGAGAGCACUUCAUAAUUCUUGGUUGCGACGGCCUCUGGGGGGUAAUUGGACCAAGUGAUGCUGUUGAUUUUGUUCAGAAACUGUUGAAGGAGGGACUACCUGUUGCAACUAUAAGCCGUCGUCUUGUAAAAGAAGCUGUGCGAGAGAGGCGCUGUAAAGAUAACUGCACCGCGAUCAUAAUCGCGUUCAGGCACAAGUAGUUUCUUUGGUUGUAAGUGACCGAAAUUGUUGUCCACCGUUGAUUAGUUGCUCAGUCGUGAAGUAGCCAUUGAAUUGUUAAGAACUCGAAAAUACAGCUACGGAUAUUUGGUGCAGACCUACUUGCUAGAUGUAUUAAAAUUUGUACUGCGCUAACAAUGUAUUCUGGAAUUUUGUCGAUGAACACUUUUCUUUGGACGAAACAUUUUUCAGUUCA